UCUCCACGAUGACUGACAUUAACUAUGCAAAGGCGAACAUCACUGAUGACUUGACAGACGACAUUAUUUCAUCUGAGGACGUAACUGAUCCGGGUAAUUUCGAUACAAAGAACGUGAAAUCGAUUUGGAGGCUCCAUUUGAAGAUCACUGAUAUCAAGAAAGAUCGCUUGCGAUGGAAUAAAGAGUGGGAAAAGGCUUUGAAGUCUCUGGAAUCGAGCGAUGUUUAUAGAGUGAUGUCGAGUGCGUGGAAGACUGUGGGAGCCAGGGAACGUGCACUGUUGGAGACAACGAGGGCCAUGGUUCUGAAGGUACAAACAGGAGCGGCAACGGUUACUGGAGACAUUAUGGAGAGAGAUGAUUUUAAAAACAUUUGGUUCUUGUUGGAAGAAUCAGAGCGCAAACGACACAUCCUUGAAGGACUUCAGGGCGCCUGCAAUCACGCCGCAUGGGGUGAAGACUCUCGAGCUUUAUGCCCUGAGUUGACUGCCAGCGCUCUACUGAAGGCGAGAGGACAAGAGUUCCUUGACCUCCUUGCUCAGUUCUUGCAGGCCAAAAAGUCUUCGAAACCUAGCGCUCCUUUUUCUAUCCCUAGUACGUGGUGGGAUCACGCCAUAGACAACGCACCCCAGCCACUUCCGGAGAGGGAUGAGUUCGCAUACGAAUGUCUGACGCUUAUUAGGAACGAGUUUAUAGGCCGCUUUGUUUUACAUACGAGCGCAUCUAUCCUCCACGAUAUUGUUGUGGGUAGCGCAGGGAUGGACCCGAUCAUCAAUGCAACGGAGAACACGGACGGUACUUUUGCCAGGGGUAUGGCAUAUGCGAUGAAAGGUGUACGCGACAAACCGCUGAUCCGUUGUGAAAACUGUACAAAAACUCCUGAAGAACUCGGAAAUGUUCGGUUCAUGGUAUGCAGCAUCUGCAGGAUAAAAUUGAAGUUCGACAUCCAUUACUGCUCUCAAAAAUGCCAGAAAGCAGACUGGCCUAAACACAAGCAACAUUGUGGCAAGGAAAAGAAGUCGAAGGGACUACAGGGGACUGUUGGGGACAGGUUUUGGGCAUUUCCCCAUAUACCCGACAGUUGUCGUGAUAUUCCAGAGGGGCCUGAUGGACAUAUUACCAUGGAAUCCAUCGAUGCUGGCACGCCCCAAUACAAACGUUCUAAAUCAUUACAACGCCAGGUUGCCAUGAUCGAAGAGGAUAAAGACACAGAUUACUUCCUUUUCAACUCUUCUGGUCAGCCGAUUCGUUUCACGAUUCGAGAUAUGUUUGCCAAAAUGAACUUUCGAAUUCUCCGCCGCAUGGCAAUGUCGACUGCUAAUAAGGAGGGUCUCGAAGCAAUGGCAGAGUACAUGAUCAAGUAUAUGCGAGAUUUACCUGGCCUUAGUCGGUAUACUAUCGUGAAGCAGCUGUGCGCCGAAUACGGGGAGGACACAAAAGAAAAGUUGACUAGGUGGGAGAAGCGGAGUGUCGAGAUGGGGAAAAAGUCUACUCUCGUUGAAUCGAUGAGCCAGGGGAUGUCAGCGAUGGGCCCACAGUUGAUGAACUUCACCCCUAGUAAAAAAUACAACAAGGGUCACUAGGAGAACGGGGUGAAAAAGAUAGGAAUUAAUGUACAAUUAGUGAGACAUACUUUGGGUCAGGCGUAGGAACACUUAAGUGCGCAAUCAAGGGCGUUUUCAACAGUUC